AGGUGAUGCUCCAGGCAGGCAAUGAGAAGCUAGCAACAGAUUUUUGUUGUGUGUAUGUGUGUGCGUGUGUGUAGGGAAAUAAUAGCAUUAGAGAUGAUUCCCAGGCAGGAUGACUGUCAGAAAGGGGUGAGCCAGGGGAAGGAGCUCACUUUGGUUCCAGAAAGACUAACUGACCGUUCAGGUGUUGCACAUCACACAAUCGGAAAAUCCGGCUAGAGAUACUGGCUAAGUCCUCUCCUGAGAGGACAGAGAUAGCAGAAGGUUCUGGUUGUUAUCUCAGGGAAUAGGGAAACUAGGGAGAAUGUGAGGAAAAGGCUAGCCAAAGAGAACGCAGGCAGGAGGAAAAGAUGCAGAGAACAGCCACGGGAGGCCAAAGGUUCAAUGAAGAAAUUAUAGCCACGGUUGAAAACCACAACCUUGGAGCCGGGAAUGUGGUUUUUUUUUUUUUUUUUAACACCUUUAUUGGAGUAUAAUUGCUUAACAAUGUUGUGCUAGUUUCACCUGUGCAACAAAGUGAAUCAGCCAUAUGCAUACAUAUAUCCCCAUAUCUCCUCCUUCUUGAGUCUCCCUCCCACCCUCCCUAUCCCACUCCUCUAGGUGGACACAAAGCACCGAGCUGAUAUCCCUGUGCGAUGCGGCUGCUUCCUACUAGCUAGCUAUUUUACAUUUAGUACUGUAUAUAUGCCCAUGCCACUCUCUCACUUCGUCCCAGCUUACCCUUCCCCCUCCCCGUGUCCUCAAGUCCAUUCUCUACAUCUGCGUCUUUAUUCCUGUCCUGCUCCUAUGUUCUUCAUAACCUUUUUUUUUUUUUUAGAUUCCAUAUACUACGUGUGUGAGAUUGAACCCCAGGGACCCGACUAGUCAUACUUAGCAACGGGACUUCAAAGAGUUUUUGAGUCUGUUUCCUCAUCUAUGAACUGGGAGUGAUUUCAAACUCAAAGGACUGAGCACAUUCGCAAAUCUUCUUAGCAUGGGGUUUGCACACAGUAGAAGUUAAGGAGUGCGCAGGGGCCAGCGGGAGAAGGAAAUGUAGAGGUCAAGGGUAUCCCUCUGAGGAGUGUCGGGAAAUUGAGGCAGGGCCCCUCAGGAAGCCCAAAGCCUUUGCUUCUGCCGAGUUUCUGACCGGCCUGUGAGGAGAAUGGGUGAGCGGCCUCAGCCUAGUCCACAGCCCGAUUCUCUCACACUUCCAUCCCGCUGCACCUCCCAGCCUCCCCCAAUUCCAACCUCCCAGCCCGCUCUUGCUCCCGCUCCAGCCAGGCCCCGGAGCCCGACGCGCAUGCGCCCUACCGCGCCCUUGCCCAGCUUUCCACGUUUCACUUCCCUCCCUUUCCCUCCGCAACUCCCGCUCUACCGCCACGAUUGGCCAGAAGACCUCUUCGCCUCGGCCAAUAAACGCCGACCUGUCGCCUCCGUGUUACUGGGUAGAACAAAACAAAAACAGAGCGAAACUGGCCCGAGACGCUUCGAGGCGGCUGCAGGGGCUGAGGUGCUGCGUCGGGGCCGGCGGACCAGGGACGUGGACGAGCGGCGGCGGCGGCGGCCCGAGGGAAAAGAGUCUUCCUGUGGGAUAUUGAAGUCUUGCGUUGAACUUGUGCAAACAGUAGUGGAUUUAGAAGGUCUGGGUUCUAAUCCUGGUUCUUCCAGUGAGCAGCUAUCUCUUUUUGGAGAGAUCAACUACCUUCUCUGAAUCUGUUUAGUUGUAUGCAAAGUGGAGUUCCUGCCUCAAGAUUGUUCUGAGAGAAAUACAUCCCAGAGGAAGAGUUCCACUUGGUAAUUUAAUUAGUGCGAGUGAAAUUAAGGAACGAUGGAUGUAGAAAACGAGCAGAUACUGAAUGUAAACCCUACAGAGCCUGAUAAUUUAAGUGACUCUCUCUUUUCUGGUGAUGAAGAAAAUGCUGGGACUGAGGAAAUAAAGAAUGAGAUAAAUGGAAAUUGGAUUUCGGCAUCCUCCAUUAAUGAAGCUAGAAUUAAUGCCAAGGCGAAAAGGCGGCUACGGAAAAACUCAUCCCGGGACUCCGGCAGAGGCGAUUCCGUCAGUGAUAACGGAAGUGAAGGCCUUAGAAGUGGAGUAACUGUACCAACCAGUCCAAAGGGAAGAUUGCUAGAUAGGCGAUCCAGAUCUGGGAAAGGAAGGGGACUACCAAAGAAAGGUGGUGCUGGAGGGAAAGGUGUCUGGGGUACACCUGGACAGGUAUAUGAUGUGGAGGAGGUGGAUGUGAAAGAUCCUAACUAUGAUGAUGACCAGGAAAACUGUGUUUAUGAAACUGUAGUUUUGCCUUUGGAUGAAACGGCAUUUGAGAAGACUUUAACACCAAUCAUACAGGAAUAUUUUGAGCACGGAGAUACUAAUGAAGUUGCGGAAAUGCUAAGAGAUUUAAAUCUUGGCGAAAUGAAAAGUGGAGUACCAGUGUUGGCAGUGUCAUUGGCGUUGGAGGGAAAAGCUAGUCAUAGAGAAAUGACAUCUAAGCUUCUUUCUGACCUUUGUGGGACAGUAAUGAGCACAAAUGAUGUAGAAAAAUCAUUUGAUAAAUUGUUGAAAGAUCUACCUGAAUUAGCAUUGGAUACUCCUAGAGCACCGCAGUUGGUGGGCCAGUUUAUUGCUAGAGCUGUUGGAGAUGGAAUUUUAUGUAAUACCUAUAUUGAUAGUUACAAAGGAACUGUAGAUUGUGUACAGGCUAGAGCUGCUCUGGACAAGGCUACCGUGCUUCUGAGUAUGUCUAAAGGUGGAAAGCGCAAGGACAGUGUUUGGGGCUCUGGAGGUGGGCAGCAGUCUCUUAACCACCUUGUUAAAGAGAUUGAUAUGCUGCUGAAAGAGUAUUUACUCUCUGGAGACAUAUCUGAAGCUGAACAUUGCCUUAAGGAACUGGAAGUACCUCAUUUUCACCAUGAGCUUGUAUAUGAAGCCAUUGUAAUGGUUUUAGAGUCAACUGGAGAAAGUACAUUUAAGAUGAUUUUGGACUUAUUAAAAUCUCUUUGGAAAUCUUCUACCAUUACUCUAGACCAAAUGAAAAGAGGUUAUGAGAGAAUUUACAGUGAAAUUCCAGACAUUAAUCUGGAUGUCCCACAUUCAUACUCUGUGCUUGAGCGAUUUGUAGAAGAAUGUUUUCAGGCUGGAAUAAUUUCCAGACAACUCAGAGAUCUUUGUCCCUCAAGGGGCAGAAAACGUUUUGUAAGUGAAGGAGAUGGAGGUCGUCUUAAACCAGAGAGCUACUGAAUAUAAGAACUCUUGCAGUCUUAGAUGUUAUAAAAAAAAAGUAUAUAUAUGAAUUGUAAGAGUUGUUAGCACAGGUUUUUGGGGGUUUUUUUUAGCACUUGUUUUGGGUACAAGGCAUUUCUGAAAAUUUGUAAACUUACAUUUAAGGGAAAUUUUUAAAGGAAGUGUUUUUUCUUUUCCUUUUUUUUUUUUUUUUUUUGAGCGUGUAAAGGAGGGACAGAAAAGUAACCACUUCUUAAGUGGGAUAUUCUCAUAAGCUACCCUUUUUAAGUGCCAUGUUUAUGACAUAAUCAUUCCAAGUUUUGCAUUGAUGUCUGACUGCCACUCCUUUCUUUCAAGGACAGUGUUUUUUUGUAGUAAAAUCACUGGUUUAUACAAAGCUUUAUUUAGGGGGUAAAGUUAAGCUGCUAAAACCCCA